GGCCACAGCACUUCUGUGAUUGAUGGUCUGUUCAGCCUAGCCUUCUUUAUCAGGGCUUAAGAGCAGUGUCCGGACCACGUCAUUAUGUUAUAGGCAGCCUUAUCAAGUGCUUCCUUUGCCUCGAAUCAAAUACUGCUGCUAGUACAGGACAGGGCUAUAAUACGUGUGAUAAUACCUCUGUUCUGUUCAACCAUACGAAAAAGUGAUUCAAAUACACAUGAAAUCUACAAGAGUUGCCCAAUACGGGCAGAAUGGUACCCACCGAGCCGGAGUCGCGACUCGCUCAACAUCAUUUCCCCGCACUCUCCGGCUUUCUUAGCCCUUCUUAGUCUAUGUUGUAGAUACUCCAUAUGAUUCUGAUUGGCAGUUGUUGCCUUUCUCCACGCUUAACGGUAUAGGACGUGUUGCACAGCACUAGGCAAGGAGAUAGUAUAGUCAUGGGCCCCUCUAAUCUCCCCGGAGGUGCUUACCUGUUGUCCGUUCAUCCGGAAGCAAGGGCGUUGCUAGUCCUCGUUCGCCGCUGGGUCUAAGUUUGAGUGGCGUUUAGUAUUGCAUAUAUAUAUGUCCGCCUACGGAGUCUCUAUAAACAUCCCCCUUUCCUUCAUACGUGCAUGUUCGAACCCAACGGAACAGCCUAAAUCACCAUGUCAAACUCAGUUGAAUCAGAUGGAAAACACGUUCCAUCCACCAGCCCGGAUAGGAAAGGUUUCGGUGAGGUUUAUGACUUGGAUGAUGCUGUCCUGAGGGCCCAGGGCCAUGUGGCUGAGCUAGAACGAUCAUUCUCCUGGGUUGGAGCAAUUGGCCUGGCCUAUAGCAUCAUUAAUUCGUGGCUUUCCUAUGCUGCUUGCUUUGGGAUGGCCCUCGGUUACGGGGGUGGCCAAACUGCUGUUUUUGGCUUAAUGAUCGCUUCGGCAGUCCAGUGGAUCGUCCUUCUGGGGCUGGCUGAACUGUGCUCUGCCCUUCCCUCUUCUGGUGGUCAAUACCAUUUCACAUACAUUGUGGCCCCACAGUUCUCAAAGAACUUUGCCGCCUACACCGUUGGCAUCUUUAAUGUGGUGGCAUGGUGGGUAACCACUGCUUCAGGGAUUAUAUACACGGCUAUAUCAGCCUUCGGGAUUGCAAAGUUCUGGUAUCCGGAAUUUGUCGGCACGCAGUGGCAGGUGUAUCUCUGCUAUGUUCUUGUAGUGAUUGUGACACUUAUUCCCAUUUUCACAGUUCCACAAAAGCAUAUUGAUCGGCUAACGCAGACGGCCAUGUAUUUGUCCGUUGUCGGUCUCCUCCUAGUCAUAAUAGUCUGCCUAUCCAUGGGUAGAGACCACUACCGUCCCACCAAUAUUGUCGAAUAUCAUGGAUCUAGUGGAUGGGGUCCUGCACCGGCGUGGCUUAUGAGUAUUGGCGUGGGCCAGUACUGCUUUGCUGCGGCAAGUGCAUGUACCCAUAUCGCCGAGGAGAUGCCGGAUCCUGGACGGAAAUUGCCCCAAGUCAUCAACAUGACUAUGUUCAUUGGCGUCCUCACAGCUGUACCCUGGAUUGUGGUCAUGGCCACUGUGAUCACCGACUUGGAAGCAGUGCAGACAGCAUUUUUGCCUAGCAUGGAGAUUUUCUACCAGGCAACUGGGAACAAGGUCGCUGCUACAAUCUUGCAGGCCUAUCUAACUCUGCUUUACUACACAUGCGUGCCCAGCCAGUGGAUCGCCUCCAGUCGAAUAGCAUGGGCAUUUUCACGAGACAAUGGCCUUCCUUUCUCGUCCUACUGGAGCCACAUCGACCCAGUCCGCCAAAUCCCAAUUCGCACUACCCUACUAGCGGCCGGUUUCUGUCUAAUCUACGGCCUCCUCUACGUCGCGUCAACCGCGGCGUUCAACUCGAUUGUGAACACGGCAAUCCUCAUUCUGAAUAUAACAUAUACCGUCCCACAAGGAAUCCUGGCUACUUGCGGUCGCCAUAGACUACCCCGUCGGCAUUUCGACCUAGGGCCCGUUGUCGGUUAUGCGGUGAAUAUCUUUUCAGUUCUCUGGUUGAUCAUCAGUGGGAUCUUCUUUUGUUUCCCGGUUACGGUGCCCACGACUCUGGGGAGCAUGAAUUAUAAUUCGGUGGUCAUCACGGGUCUAUUUGUACUGAUCUUAAUCCUUUGGAUUGAAAGGAGGCAUAAGUUUAAAGGACCGGAGAUUGAUUGGGACGCUUUGAAUGCUAGCAAUGCGUUGAGAUGAUUGAUGGACAUGACAUGAACAUACGAAGGAUAGAUCAUAGCUCAUA